AUGGAGAGUAAGGAGCAACAUGAACAGCACCUAAGAGUAGCAUUAGAGGUAUUACGCAAGGAAAAGCUGUAUGCGAAAUUCAAGAAGUGUGAGUUCUGGCUUGAACGAGUUGGAUUUCUUAGACAUGUAGUCACUGCCCAAGGGAUCGAGGUAGAUCCAACAAAAGUGGAAGCAGUAACCAACUGGAAAGCUGUAACUAAUGCUGGCGAGGUAUGGAGCUUUCUAGGAUUAGCGGGAUAUUAUUGGAUAUUUAUAGAAGGAUUCUCCAAAAUAACUGGACCAGUGGCGCAGCUUACAAGGAAGGGAGUAAAAUUUCAAUGGACGGAUAAAUUCGAAACAAAGUUUCUAAGAACUUAA